AUGUUUUCGCCAAUACCUAUCUUAUGCUUACUUAUCCCCCUUGCAGUAGUUGUAAAUGCCCAGGAUUUUCCGGCUGGCUAUACGGGAUGUUACACUUUCCCUGCAAGUGGUCAGAUUACAGGACUGAACCCAGCCGAAUUCAAUCUUCCCCAUAACAAUCGAGGUGAAUGUAUCGCAACAUGCUUUCAAUCUGAAAUCUUAGCACCACACGCUUUCUUUUGGUACACGAUCGAUCCCACCAAUGAAGAAGUCGCCAUUCCAAACUGUCGAUGUUCGUAUCCACCUCCUCCGAUCGAUACUUGGAAACAUGGUGAUGCGACCAGAGACUGCAUCGUUGAGGCCGUCGGAGAUAGUUAUGGAUCAAAUCUCACCAGACCUAAACACGAGUUAACAGGAUGUUAG